AUCACCAAAUUUUCAUUUUAAUUUCGUCUCUUUUAUUUACUUAUCUUUAUUUUUGUUGUUAUAAUUAUUCCUCCUUUCUCUUUACAAUUGUACGGCCUCAGAUUCCUCCACCGCCCCCAUUCAUCGCUCAAACCAAGAACGAGAGAUCUAAGGAAUCGUGGUUGUCUUUCUCUCUCAGCGUCUGAUCAGAGAUGGCUGGCACGUGCACCACCGGCGGCGGUGGCGGUAUAGCAGCAGGAGAGAUCAUGUUGUUUGGUGUGAGAGUUGUUGUUGAUUCGAUGAGGAAGAGUGUUAGCUUGAAUAAUUUGUCGCAGUAUGAGCAACCUCAAGAGUUAAGUAAAUCUAACGGUACUAACAAAGAUGGGAAUGGAAUUAAUAGUGGCAACAAGAAGGAGGAUGUAGCUGCUGCGGGUUAUGCAUCUGCAGACGACGCGGUUCCACACCCUUCUAAUAGUCGCGGUGAGCGCAAAAGAGGAGUUCCAUGGACAGAAGAGGAGCACAAGCUGUUCCUUCUAGGAUUGCAGAAAGUAGGGAAAGGAGAUUGGAGAGGAAUCUCUCGCAAUUUCGUCAAGACUAGAACUCCAACUCAGGUUGCAAGUCACGCUCAAAAGUACUUUCUUCGUCGAAGUAAUCUCAAUCGCCGUCGCCGUCGAUCUAGUCUCUUCGAUAUUACUACCGAUACGGUCACGGCAUUUCCAAUGGAAGAAGAACAAGCUCAUUGCCAAGAUAACAAGAAAAACAGUACCGCCCCCACCACAGCUGAAUCGCAUUCAUUGCCGCCAUCUCCGGUUCCUGAAGCAAACAACGGCAGCAACUUCUGUAUGUUGCCAGCAUUCUCUAUGACCGCUUCCAAUCCUGUCGUAUUGCCCGUCCCAAUUGAGAGUCCAGUGGAAAACUUAUCAAUUGGACAAGGCAAUCUCGCUACCACUAAACCCUCGGCAAAUCUCAUACGACCGAUUCCUAUCCUCCCAACUCCUCAUGCUACAGGAAUAUCUGAUCUUAACUUAAAUUUGAAGUCAUCAGGAGAUCCGUCACCAUUGUCACUGAAGCUGUCUUUGCCAUCUGAUCAGAGGGAACCAUCAUCAAGGCAUUCAGCUUUUGAGGUGAUGUCGAGCUUUAACAAUGGAGAUAACAUCAUCAGUGUUGCUUGACGAAGAAUGAUAAGUAAUAAGUUGAAAAGAUGGUGCAUAAUUAGAUAAUAUGAGUUAGAGAAGAUGAAAAAACAAGUAAAUUAGGUGACUGGAAAAAUUAAUCUUUUCUUUGAUUGUACAGACCAGAAAGGAAUCGUCAUCUCUUGUUGGUUUCUAUGCUAUUGCCUUGGGUUCCUAUUCUUCUUUUGUUUUGUAGUUUGAUGAUAUGACUGAAAUAAACCCCCAAGUUCUUUGUUCAUUACUAAUAA